UUCAACUUCCACAAUAGCCAGUCAGCCCAGUGCUCACUGGAGGACCCAAUUCUGGCUUCAGGGGCGCUGAUAGAUGUGGCCAAACACCUGGGAUCUCUGAAAUUCAGAAUCUGGAAGAAGAUCCUGGGCAUUGCGCAGUACACUCCUGUGACUCUGGACCCAAACACUGCAGCCCCCUGGCUCUCAGUGUCUGAUGAUCUGACCAGUGUGAGAGACACUGAUGUUUAUCAGCAACUUCCUGACAACCCAGAGAGAUUCUCCCCCUGUGUGUGUGUGCUGGGAUCUAAGGGGUUUAACUCAGGAAAACACAGCUGGGAGGUGGAGGUGGGGGACACACCUAAGUGGGAUGUAGGAGUAGCAGCAGAGUCUGUUAACAGGAAGGGGGGGAUUUCAUGCAGCCCAGAGGAUGGAUUCUGGGUUGUAGUUCUGAGGAAAGGUGAUGUGUAUACAGCAUGUGAUUCACUACCAACACGCCUGAGACUGAAGAGGAAACCGCAGAGGAUCAGAGUGCAGCUGGACUAUGACAGGGGGGAGGUGUCCUUCUCCAACCCCGCUGACAUGUCACUCAUCUACACCUUUAAAGGCACAUUCACUGGGAGCCUGUUUCCAUUCUUUUCUCCAUAUUUAAAAGAAGAUGGCAAAAAUGCUGGAGCCUUCAAGAUUUGCCCAAUGAAGAUGUCUGUGACAGUGAUGUCAUCCCAAUAAAAUUGUUUCACAUGCAGAUGGCCACGCAUGCACUGAGGCAGACCCACACGCAGACGGCCACGCAUGCAGUGAGGCAGACCCACACGCAGACGGCCACACAUGCACAUGGACCCCCACCCCCCUCAGCCUAACGUGUCCCCACCCAGCUUCUACACCAGGCCUGUCUCCUCGCCACAACACCUACAGUGAAGUAUCAGAUGAGUCCUUCUCCUCUUGGCAUGGGGCCUUCAGUCACCUUGCCCUGAAAGAGCAGAGAUGAUGUUUGCUGCCUUCAUACCAAAAGCGUCACAUGGGCGAUGGGUUACUUACGUCAGUCCAGAGCUGUCUGUAUACAGAUAUACGCUAAGCAGAGCUGUCACGAUUACUCGAUUAAACUGAAUUAUUAAAAAGCGUUAAUUAAAAUUUGCCGGAAGGAAGACGGGGCAUAGUGGAUGAGGGUGUAAAGAACGAAAUCAUCGUUUGUGUAGAAGCACUUCACAUUAAAAGUGAAUGUAGUUGUCUGUUAGCAUUGCAAUCAGAACCACGGCACGACUGCAAAGCAAAUGCAUGUUAAAAGAAGACAUUCAGAUUAUAUCAAUAACAAUGUGAGGUCAGCCAUAGACGUCCUAUUUAACCUCACGAAGCAGCCUAGCCUGUCCCUGUCGUCACUUUGACUAUAUUUUGCUUAUUGUGAUUCCUAUACGUCAAAAUAAUCGCUGCUAAAACAAAGGUUACCCCGUCGCUUAGCCUCAUCAUUUUAUAUAAUAUGUUACAUACUAGCCGUUUAACAUGAGUUAUUUUUAAUGCAUUGUGUGUUUUGAGUAGGGCUGAACAAGAUUAGAAACAGAUCAUUUGUUACUGUCAGAUUGUGAUACUUAGGAAUUGAAAAAUAACUAUAUAGCCAAAUGUAGUCAUUAUAAAAUACGAAAUAUUUCCAAAGAGCGGAAUAUGAAUGACUUUUCAUGACCAUGUCUUGUUCGCCUUUCUUCUCUUCACUCAAUUUUUGCUUAAUUUCUCAUAAACAUGCCCCACAGUCUAUGAAUCAGUCCAACAGAAAAGACGAAAUGGAUAUUGGUCUCGGAGAUCGCAUGCAGUGCUCAUUCAAAAGCGCUGCGGUAAACUUCAGACUAAUUUUUUUAAACCAAUAUUAUAUAACAUUAAAAAGGAACGAUCAUUAAAAUUGCAAAGCUUGCAAAGUUUGGUUUCCUGUGACUAAAUAAAUGUUUUAGCGCAACUGCUUGAUGGUUUGAACCCAGCAGACUAUCACGGUCCUUGCAAUGUGCAUGAAAUGCCACGUUGGUAUUAACGCUGCACAUUGUGGCAGCCUGUCAGGGCGGCACGGCGGGUAGCGGUCGUCACACACCGCCGCUCUGAGUGUGGAGCUCGCAUGUUCACCCAGUGUGUGGGGCCUUUUCAGCAGAUCGGCUGAUUUCCUUAUACCGUCCAAAUACCUUAAGCUUAAGUGAACUGGAGUGCCUAAAGUGACCGUAUGUGUGUGUGUGCACCCUGCUAUGUGUGGUUGGUUCCUGUCUUGCAGCAAUUGCAAUGUUUAUGUUAUAUAUUAAACUAUUACACGAUGAAUAGU